AUGAAUGCAGUAAGGCAGGAUCCUAUCCUUAAGGCAUGUUUAGGUGGGAAAAUAAACUUAGAGUGUUAUGGGAGCCUGUUUGCAAUUGAGGAUAAGUCUAGGCCUCUAGACAAGUUUCCUUGGAUAUCAGUGGUUAGUGGCUUUCUAGAUGUGUUUCCUGAGGAUUUUCCAGGACUACCACCUGAUAGAGAUAUCAAGUUUUGCAUUGAUUUGAUUCCCGGGACUCAACCAGUUUCUACUACCCCUUAUCGCAUGGCACCUGCAGAUUUGGAUGAAUUAAAAAAGCAAUUGGGUUACUAUCGUCGCUUUGUGGAUAAUUUUUCUCGAAUUGCUAUGCCUUUGACAAAGCUAACAAGGAAGGAUUUAAAGUUCAUGUGGGAGGACAAUUGCGAAGAAGCUUUCAGAGAACUUAAGCCAAGAUUGACUACGACGACUAUUCUCGCUGUGCCUAAUAGUGAUGAACCGUUUGUGGUAUUCACUGAUGCUUCUGGUACUGGUUUAGGUGGACUUCUCAUGCCAAAUGCCAAGUUAGAUGGAUGGACAGUAAAUGCUGAAGGAUUCUUAUACCAUAAGGGAAGAUUAGUAGUUGCAAAUAUCCCUGAUCUUAGAGAGUCUGUUAUGAUUGAGGCCAAGAGGUCUAAGUUUGUUGUACAUCCUGGAAGCACAAAGAUGUACCGAGAUUUGAAAAGACAAUAUUGGUGGGAAGGUAUGAAGAGAGACGUGACUAACUUUGUAGCUAAGUGUAUGGUUUGCCAACAGGUUAAAGCUGAGCACCAGAGACCUUCAGGGUUGCUUCAACCUUUACCCAUAUCAGAAUGGAAGUGGAAUGAGAUCACGGUGGACUUUAUGAUGGGAUUACCAUUAACACCAUUAAAGCAUGACACUAUCCGGUUGAUUGUUGAUCGUUUGACCAAAUCUGCUCAUUUCAUUCCAAUUAGGAAGGAUUGUAAGGUUUCUAAACUAGCUCGACUUUAUGUGGGUAAUAUACUUCGACUGCAUGGGUUGCCUUCCAGUAUUAUUUCUGAGAGAGAUCCUCGAUUUACAUCAAAGUUUUGGCGAGCAUUGCAAGAAGCUUUAGGAACUGAACUUAACUUGAGCACUGCUCACCACCCUCAGACAGAUGGACAGUUUGAGAGGACUAUCCAAACUUUGGAGAACAUGCUUCGUUCUUUUACUCCCAUGCUUGGUGUGACGAGAUUUGGAGUGAAGGGUAAGCUAGCCCCGAGGUAUAUUAGACCUUUUGAGGUUAUCGAGAGGGAUGGGGAGGUCGCUUAUCGAUUGAACUUACUAGUGCGGUUAGGGCAUGUUCACAAUGUAUUCCAUGUGUCGAUGUUGAGGAAGUAUACUCCAAACCCAUCGCACAUCAUUGAGUAUGAGGCUAUCCCUCUUCAAGAGGACGUGACAUGUGAAGAACAACCUAACAGAAUUCUAGCGAGAGAGUUAAAGGUGCUAAGGAAUAGAGAGAUUCUCGUAGUCAAGGUCUUAUGGCGGAACCAUAGAGAAGACGGGGCUACUUGGGAGUUAGAGUUGGAGUUGUACGAGAAGUAUCCUCAUAUGUUUAAUUUUCAGAUUGGGGUUGUACUUUGA